AUGGAAGAAGCGGAGGCGCGCCGGGCGGUGAGGAAAGCCUUGAGCGAGGCGCGCGCGAAUUCGCUUUUUUCUUCCUUGUCUUCUUCGAGUGUUCGAGGGUGUCAAAAAAAAAGUGAACGAACACUCGCGUUCGCGAAGCUCACGGACACGCUCGGCGAGUGUCUCGAAAAGAUGAAAGAAAAAGACGUGCUGUCGCUACCGAUUUUGGAUUUGGAGAAGAAAACGACCAAGGAUUCGUUCCACGGGUUCGUCGCGGUGGAGAGUUGUUUGAGGGUGUUUUUGGAAAACAUGGCGGUGUUUCUCGUGGGACGGAAACAGGAGCCUUUUUGUGUCACCUCGCACGAAAGUUCAAGCGCGAAUCCGAGAGUUAUGCCUCCGAUGAUUGAAGAGUUGGGAUUGCAACCAGGAGACGUGUCGAGAUUCGGGUGUCAAUACAGCGGGGACGUUCCGGCGAAAAAAACGAGAGAGGACGAGGAAGAUCCCAUCGCGAGCACGUUUCACGCGACGGUGCAAAGCGUGCUCGAUCGCCUGACGGCGAAUCCGAGAUCGAGAAUCGUGGUGAGAGAUUCGGAAACCCUUUUAUCGAUUUUGAAGGAAAAGAUCGCGAAGAUUCCAAGAGCGCACAGGUGUCUCGUCGAGCGUUUAGAUGGGACGAGUCACGCGAAACACGACGUGUUGAGUUGCACGGAUAUUGUGAAAUAUCUAAACGAGAACGUUGAAGUUCAAGCCGCUUUGGCCAACGUUUGUUUGGCCGAUGUGCCGUACUUGUUUAGGAAAGGUUUCACGGUAUUGAAAAGCGGAGAGAAGAUCUACAGAGACGAGACGUUGUUCGUGACAAAUAACGAUGCGCUUCGACAGCAAUCUGCUCUCGAUUUCUUCCCGGAUAUCGUCGGCGAAAAAGUCUCGGUGUGUUUCGUCACCACGGUACCGUCGAGUUUCGUCACGCCUCGUCCGAGAGAUUUCACGGUACACGUGCGAGGUGAUAUAACCUCCUCUGAUCUCAGAGGAAUGAACAUUGAGAACCUAUCGAUGUUGAAAUCGGAUCCGCUUUCGUUUGCGGCGACCAUGCGAAGACGCCAUCAUCGCGAUCAAACGAAAGCGGAUAUCGGUGUUUUCCAAAGCGUAGAUCCAAAAAACACGUCUUUAAAAGACGUCAUGGUACUUUUCGCCAACGGGUGUCGAAGAGUGUAUGUCGUCAACGGCGAUUUAACUGGAUCCUCUGGAGUUCUCGACGCGAGAAACUUUCUCGUCGGUUUGACCUUACAAGACGAGGACAUCGAGUGCGUCGUCAGCGAAGGCUCGCAAUAA